AUGGCGCACUUGCAGUCGCUGCAUUACGCACCGCAACAUCGGCAUCACCAGGAACAACCGCAACAACAACCAAAUCAACCACAGCGACAAGCGCGUUCACCAUAUGGCCUACCCAUUCAACCCGUUAUGCGUUCACAACGUUCACUUUAUGGCGGCUGGGGGCCGGUAGGUUUGGGGCCAAUUGGUUUAGGCUCUGUUGCACCUGCUAGCUCCGUUGGAACCAUUGGCAUUACUAAAGAGGAGCUUCUAGCACUACUCGAAGCUUGGAAAGAGGUUGAAAAACCUGCAGCACCAGAGCCAGAACCGGCACCAGCGCCUGAACCCGAACCCGAACCCGAACCGGAGCCAGAACCAGAACCCGAACCUGAGCCGGAGCCGGAGCCAGAACCUGAGCCUGCGCCAGAGCAGGAAGCUGCACCUGAACCAGCAGCUGGCGCUAGUCCACCACCACCUGGCGUACCACUUACAGUUUCACUGCCUGCCUUCGUUCCCAUACAAUUGUCGGCCAUGUACACCGCGCCUGCACCACCAGCAGCACCAGCUGCGGAAGGUGGUGGUGCGGCAGAGGGCGGCGAAGGCGGUGGGGCAGGAGGAGGAGAAGCAGGCGGCAGUGGUGAAGCCGCGGAGGAGGAAGAAGAAGAAGAAGAGGAGGAGCCUGAAGAGGAAGCAGUACUAGAACCGGAGCCGGUAAUAAUUGGACAUGAAGGGUUUGGUCAUCAUCCGCGAGUCGUUUAUUUGCCGCGACAAUCGUUCAAACGUACUAAGUCGCUUACGAAAAGUGGAUUUGCAAGAACUUAUAAGGGCACUAAGGCCAGAUCUGGCGCUCGGAAAUCUAAAGGUGUUACCAAAAAGCCCUCCAAGACAAAGGGUAAAGCUUUGGCCAAGCCACGAGCUUCCAAAUUUCCAAUUCGUUUCCCCAUUUCAAAUGCCAGACAAUUCGCAUCUACAAACUUUGUAGCACCCAAACCAAGAUUUUACAAGCCUGCUCCACGCAUUUACCCAAGAAGCAUAACGGCCCUACCGCCACCGCCAUUCCUUGCCAAUCCACCGGCACCUUUGAAAUUGGUACCAUCUGACCAAUUGUUGAGUAAUUGGACAUAG